AUCCUGCUAGCAUUUUAUACUUAGAGCGCCAUAGGAUUGCCGGGAUUUGCUGUGGACCAGCAACUUUCUUACACUUACGCCUCACGAUUUCAAGAAAGUGUUUGAUUUGGUGCACUGACCUUCUUUCCUGUCUCUCGGAGCACACUGAAGCCUCUUCGUUCAAAGUUAUGUGUCUACCGAGUGUGAUCGCUAAGUGAAAGUUAAUUUGGUUUUGGAUGAGUCUGUGGAGUUUACGUUGUAAGAAGAAAGGGAGCGCGAGACACGAUGAAAGAAAAGUCUAAAAAUGCUGCCCGGACGAGGAGGGAGAAAGAAAACAGCGAAUUUUAUGAACUGGCUAAAUUGCUGCCUUUACCCUCAGCCAUCACCUCGCAGCUGGACAAGGCAUCCAUAAUCAGACUGACGACCAGCUAUCUCAAAAUGAGAGUGGUCUUCCCAGAAGGGCUUGGCGAGGCGUGGGGCCACACCAGUCGAACCAGCCCCUUGGACAACGUUGGUCGAGAACUCGGCUCUCAUCUCCUCCAGACUCUGGAUGGCUUCAUCUUCGUCGUGGCUCCAGAUGGAAAGAUCAUGUACAUUUCAGAGACAGCGUCAGUUCACCUGGGGCUUUCUCAGGUGGAGCUGACUGGGAAUAGCAUUUAUGAAUACAUCCACCCAGCUGACCAUGAUGAGAUGACAGCAGUACUCACAGCCCACCAGCCCUACCACUCUCACUUUGUACAGGAGUAUGAGAUCGAGCGCUCCUUCUUCCUGAGGAUGAAGUGUGUUUUGGCCAAGCGGAAUGCUGGCCUCACCUGCGGUGGCUACAAGGUCAUUCACUGUAGCGGCUACCUGAAGAUCCGCCAGUACAGCCUGGAUAUGUCGCCCUUCGAUGGGUGCUACCAGAAUGUGGGCUUGGUGGCCGUGGGUCACUCCCUGCCUCCAAGUGCUGUCACAGAAAUCAAACUACACAGCAACAUGUUCAUGUUCCGAGCCAGUUUGGACAUGAAGCUUAUUUUCCUGGACUCCAGGGUGGCAGAGCUGACUGGGUACGAACCUCAGGACUUGAUUGAGAAAACCCUGUAUCAUCAUGUGCACGGCUGUGACACCUUUCACCUACGCUGCGCGCACCACUUACUGUUGGUGAAGGGGCAGGUGACCACCAAGUACUACAGAUUCUUGGCAAAACACGGCGGCUGGGUCUGGGUGCAGAGUUAUGCCACUAUCGUUCACAACAGCCGUUCCUCGAGGCCGCACUGCAUUGUCAGCGUCAACUACGUCCUCACAGAUACAGAAUACAAAGGGCUGCAGCUCUCUCUGGAUCAGAUUUCAGCCUCUAAGCCCACCUUCUCUUAUGCCAGCAGCUCCACACCCACCAUCACUGACAACAGGAAGGGGGCCAAGGCUCGGCUCUCCAGCACCAAGUCAAAAUCCAGGACCUCUCCAUAUCCUCAGUAUCCAGGAUUCCAUACUGAAAGAUCAGAAUCUGACCAUGACAGCCAGUGGGGUGGAAGUCCACUGACUGACGCUGCCUCCCCCCAGCUCCUGGACCCAGAGAGGCCUGGCUCUCAGCAUGAAGUGUCCUGCGCCUACAGGCAGUUCCCCGAUCGCAGCUCUCUCUGCUAUGGCUUUGCACUGGACCAUUCCAGGCUGGUGGAUGACAGGCACUUCCACACUCAAGCCUGUGAGGGAGGCCGCUGCGAGGCAGGCAGGUACUUCUUAGGUGCACCACCAACUGGGAGAGAUCCCUGGUGGGGCUCUAGAGCAACCUUGCCUCUUACCAAGGCCUCACCAGAGAGUAGAGAAGCCUAUGAGAACAGCAUGCCGCAUAUUACCUCUGUCCACAGGAUCCAUGGUCGAGGUCACUGGGAUGAAGAUAGUGUGGUCAGCUCUCCAGACCCUGGGUCAGCCAGUGAAUCAGGUGACCGAUACCGCACUGAACAAUAUCAAAAUAGCCCACAUGAACCUAGCAAAAUUGAGACUCUUAUAAGAGCCACACAGCAGAUGAUUAAAGAGGAAGAGAACAGAUUACAGCUAAGGAAAGCUCCUCCAGACCAACUGGCUUCCAUUAAUGGAGCUGGUAAAAAACACUCCCUCUGUUUUGCAAACUAUCAACAGGCACCACCAGCAGGGGAAGUAUGCCACACCUCUGCUCUUGCCAGUACUUCACCAUGUGACCAUAUCCAGCAGAGAGAUGGAAAGAUGCUCAGCCCUCAUGAAAAUGACUAUGACAACAGCCCCACUGCACUGUCUCGGAUAAGUAGUCCCAGUUCUGAUCACAUUACAAAGUCCAGUUUGAUCUUGGCUAAAGACUAUCUACAUUCAGACAUGUCUCCUCACCAGACAGCAGGAGACCAUCCUGCCAUUUCUCCAAACUGCUUUGGCUCUCACCGGCAGUAUUUUGAUAAGCAUGCCUAUACAUUAACUGGAUAUGCUCUGGAGCAUUUAUAUGACAGUGAAACUAUUAGAAACUAUUCGUUGGGAUGCAAUGGCUCACACUUUGAUGUAACUUCCCAUCUGAGGAUGCAGCCAGACCCAGCACAAGGACACAAGGGAACAUCUGUUAUAAUAACCAAUGGAAGCUGAUGUUUUUCUAAGAUAUUUUGUUCUUCAAGGAUUGAUCUCUGAAGCAUAUUUA